AUGUUGGAGCUUACUUCACGGCUCUUUUCUUCGUGUCAAUCAUCGUGGUUCCCUCCUCCUCCAUGGAUGAUUUGUGUUGGGCUGCUAGCUCUCCUGUUAGCGCUAAUCGAGUGACAGUUAACGAUGCCUAACUUUUCUCUGUUCUUUCCUUCCCCGGACGACGUACGCGUUCUAUAUAAAGCCAUCCCUGCAUUGCAGAUUUUGGCCAGGAAGAAGUAGCUGCUACUUGCACUGGGCCAAAACCAGUGGCUGCUGCACACAGCGCACACACCUAAUACUUGAAAGUUCUUUGUUGCAAACAACACUAUGUCCAUGUCGCGGCUCAUCCUCGCCGCUGUUCUCGUCGUGGCCACCACCGCUCCCCGCGCGCUCGCGGCGCGCGAGCUCGCCGCCGGGGAGGAUGACGCCGCCGCGAUGGCGCUGCGGCACGAGGCGUGGAUGGCGGAGCACGGGCGCGCGUACACGGACGAGGCGGAGAAGGCGAGGCGGCUGGAGAUAUUCCGGGCCAACGCGAGGAUGAUCGACGCGUUCAACGCCGCGGGGACGCACGGCCACCGGCUGGCCACGAACAGGUUCGCCGACCUCACCGACGAGGAGUUCCGCGCCGCCAGGACCGGGUACCGGCCGGCCGCCGGGAGCCGCGCCGGCCGGUUCAGGUACGAGAACGUCAGCCUGGCGGACGCGCCGCCGAGCGUGGACUGGCGGGCGAUGGGCGCCGUCACCGGCGUCAAGGACCAAGGAGAUUGUGGCUGUUGCUGGGCGUUCUCGUCGGUGGCGGCGGUGGAAGGGCUGAACAAGAUCCGGACGGGGCGGCUGGUGUCGCUGUCGGAGCAGGAGCUGGUGGACUGCGACGUCUACGGCGAGGACCAGGGCUGCGAGGGCGGCCUCAUGGACGACGCCUUCCAGUUCAUCGCGCGCCGCGGCGGCCUGGCCUCGGAGUCGGGCUACCCGUACGACGGCGAGGACGGGUCCUGCCGCUCGUCGGCCGCCGCCGCGGCGCGGGCCGCGUCCAUCCGGGGCCACGAGGAUGUCCCGCGCAACGACGAGGCGGCGCUCGCGGCGGCCGUGGCGCACCAGCCGGUGUCCGUGGCCAUCAACGGCGCGGACCCCGCGUUCCGGUUCUACGCCGGCGGCGGCGACUGCGGCACGGAGCUGAACCACGCCGUCACGGCCGUCGGGUACGGCACGGCCGGCGACGGCACCCGGUACUGGGUGAUGAAGAACUCGUGGGGCGCGUCGUGGGGCGAGGGCGGCUACGUCCGCCUCCGCCGCGGCGUCCGCGGCGAGGGCGUGUGCGGCCUCGCCAAGCUGCCGUCCUACCCCGUCUAGCUUGCUCGCCGGCUCGCCGCCGUCCUACCCCGCCGUGCUGCUCCGUCGGAUCCAAGCGAAGCACGGCUGGUGGCGUUCGUUGGUUCGGGUGCUCGUAGCACGAAGGCCGCGCACGGCACACGUCAGACGUGCAUGGCAGGUUCGACUAGUUUGCGAUUGCGUUAGUGUCCUAAAUUGCUCCAAUUAAGACGCGUGUGCGUGUGUGUCUAAGCUAUAGACUAUAGUAUAGUAUGGCAUGAUGUGUCAUGUGUGUAGAUGGUCGUUGUCACGACCCAGAACCAGAAGUGCAAUUGUGCAAGCCAUUACUACUCCUGCAGCAGUAGGAGCGGUCGGGGUUGUCCCUUACCUGGAGGCGGCACGUGUAUUGUACUACUGCGCAGAUUGGCUGUCAGACAGACCAGUUAAAUGUAUAGUACAUGAAUGCAUAUAAAACGGUGUAUAGUUUGAAGUAAUAUACUCUGUGACCA